GCGCGGGGCGGGGCCUUCGGGCCGCCCCCGCCUCAGCCGCUCAAGUAGCCCAGCGGCCGCAGCGCGCGGCCCGGGAUGCUGAGCCAGGCGCUCCUGCGCCUCGCGUCCGCCGUCAGCCGCAGGAGGAUGAAGCUGCUGCUGGGCAUCGCGCUGCUCGCCUACGUGGCCUCUAUUUGGGGCAACUUGGUUAAUAUGAGUUUUCUACUCAACAGGUCCAUCCAGGAAAAUGGUGAACUCAAGAUUGAAAGCAGGAUUGAAGAGAUUGUUGAACCACUAAGAGAGAAAAUCAGAGAUUUGGAAAAAAGCUUCACCCAGAAAUACCCGCCUGUAAAAUUUUUAUCAGAAAAGGACCGUAAAAGAAUUUUGGUCACCGGAGGCGCGGGCUUCGUGGGUUCCCACCUCACAGACAAGCUCAUGAUGGACGGGCACGAGGUGACCGUGGUGGACAACUUCUUCACGGGCAGGAAGAGGAACGUGGAGCACUGGAUCGGCCACGAGAACUUCGAGCUCAUCAACCACGACGUGGUGGAGCCUCUGUACAUCGAAGUGGACCAGAUCUACCACCUGGCGUCUCCAGCCUCGCCGCCCAGCUACAUGUACAACCCCAUCAAGACGCUGAAGACCAACACCAUCGGGACGCUCAACAUGCUGGGGCUGGCAAAGCGAGUCGGAGCCCGUCUGCUCCUGGCCUCCACCUCGGAGGUGUACGGAGACCCUGAAGUCCACCCUCAAACCGAGGAUUACUGGGGCCACGUGAAUCCCAUAGGACCCCGAGCCUGCUACGACGAAGGCAAGCGCGUCGCCGAGACCAUGUGCUAUGCCUACAUGAAGCAGGAAGGCGUGGAGGUGCGCGUGGCCAGGAUCUUCAACACUUUCGGACCCCGAAUGCACAUGAACGACGGCCGGGUGGUCAGCAACUUCAUCCUGCAGGCGCUGCAGGGGGAGCCGCUCACGGUGUACGGAUCCGGGUCGCAGACAAGGGCCUUCCAGUACGUCAGCGACCUGGUGAACGGCCUCGUGGCACUCAUGAACAGCAACGUCAGCAGCCCCGUCAACCUGGGGAACCCGGAAGAACAUACGAUCCUGGAAUUCGCUGAGCUAAUUAAAAACCUCGUUGGCAGCGGGAGUGAAAUUCAGUUUCUCUCUGAAGCCCAGGAUGACCCCCAGAAAAGGAAACCAGACAUCAAGAAAGCAAAGCUGAUGCUGGGGUGGGAGCCAGUGGUCCCGCUGGAGGAAGGGUUAAACAAAGCAAUUCACUACUUCCGGAAAGAACUCGAGUACCAGGCGAAUAAUCAGUACAUCCCCAAACCAAAGCCCGCAAGAAUAAAAAAAGGACGGACGCGCCAUACCUGAAAACCUCGCCUUUCGGGACGGGAGAUGCCCUGUUUCACACUUGAGGAGAUGUAUUUUUCUUUUUUUUAAAGAAAGACUUAAACAGGUAUCAUGAAGAACAAACUGGAAUUCAUUCUGAAGCUUGCUUUAAGAAAUGGAUGUGCCUAAAAACUCCCCUAAAAAACUGCAGAUUUUGCCUUGCACUUUUUAAAUCUUUUUAUGUAAAAUAGCAUUGAUGCAUCUCUGCGUAUUUUCAAAUUUUUUACCUUGCCGUGAGAGCCUAUGUCGUGACUGUCAUCGACAGUUUUAUUUACUGGUUUCUUUGUGAAGCUGAAAAGGAACAUUAAAUGGGGUGAUUAAAUGCCGAUUUAUUUAUAAAGUGGGUACUAAUAAACGAGACGUUAUACUAUGCACAGAGAAGAAGCAGCAGCCCAGCAGUGUUGUCAGGUAGGUGGGGGGCGCACCGCAUUCAUUCUCGGGCAGAUAAAAUUCUGUUUGAGGGCUUUAUGUUUCUUCUAAUUCAGGAUUUUUCCAAGGUCUAGUUUUUAGUUGCAGACUUGACUUUGAAAUGUUUCUGUUGGUUAUCACAAUGCAGGAUAUUUGAAAUCAGUCACUACUGUGUUGUGCUGCACCUGGUGGGGGUGGGAAGCUAACAUAUUCUUGGUUAACAGUGGUUAAAUAUGCUAUUUUAAUAAAAUACUGAAACUCUCAGUUUUAAAGGUUGG